UCCAGGUCAGUUGCAGACACACCCUGUACUAUCUGUAAAGUACAGCCUCCUCCAUACUGUAUAAAUAAUCAUCCAAGAGAUGUGAGAGAUGAAGAGGCUUGUCCACAUGAGGACCAUCAAUCUGAGAUUUUGCCAUGGAUGCUAUGAGACUCUGCUUCCUGCUCUUCUGCCUCUUCUUGGCGAGCGUCUCUUCUGUGAGAAAACUUAACAAUAUUGAUGACUUGAAAAACGUUGACUAUGGCAAGUCUGCUCCACGUCAUGGACUCCAGUUAUUGUUCUGGUUUGCUCAAGAAGUUGUGGAUGUUGAUCAGAACAACGUUCUCAUCCUUGAUUCGAAUUUUGACCCUCAUAGAGGCGACUUUGGAUUCCAUCGGUAUUUAAAUAAAGAGGGCAUUCUCCCCUCAUUGAGCUCUUUGCAGAGUUACUAUUCAGUUGGCAAUUUAAAAUCUCCUGGAGCCAAAGCAUUGCCAGCCUAUGUGCAGAGGUAUUACAGAAACACCAAUGUCCCAGAAAGAAACAUGGACAGGCUCAUUGUCUCGAUGAUCCAAAACAACCCAAACAGGAUGUUCAGGGUGUUUAUUACGGCACAUAACCUUCACAAGAAUGACUUUAAUCUUUCUGACACUUAUGAGAUCGAUCCUGCACUGAUCUUGCAGAUCAGACACCCUUAUAACUGCACUCUGGAUCAGAACAAUAAUUAUGGUAUUUAUAAAGAAGAUCAGAGAUGCCGUCAGUUUCUGAUACAGACAGGAUAUAACAGCACUGAAUGUACACACAGAGAUACCAGCCACAGAAAGAAACGCUCACCCUCUGCCCAUUGUAUUACAUAUGAGGGAGUUAAACUAGAGAUAAAAGCAUCUACACAAGGUUACUCAAAACUCGUAUGGGAGAUACCUGCUUACAUAAUUGAAAAUUCCAAAUAUGUACACAUUGAUAUUUGCCAAAACACUCAUUCCAGUGAUACCAGUGAAGUUCAUGCACUUGUCAGGAAACAGUUCCAUAUUCAUAAAUCAUCUGGGGCUUUAGAUACUUCCGUCUCACUGGAUGCUGGUCUCCAACCCCGACUGCGACUUUACACAUCACUUUUCAAUUAUCAUUUCACCGAACCAUACAUUUGGUAUGGACCAGAGUUUGAUGGAGCUAAUAGAGCGAUCCCCACUAGAAUAAAUGGGUUUGACGCCAGCCUGCAACUCUAUGCUGAAGACGGCAAAGCCUGUGCUCGACUCUACAUCAAAAAAACCUUCAGUAACUGGGAGGAUGUUUUCAAAAACUCAUGGGUUGGGUUCUACAAAAGUUCACAAGAUGAAAAUGAUGACUAUUACACAUAUCAAUAUGCUGUGAAGUUUCCAAAGAUUAAUAAUUAUAUCACAGACAAUUAUGAUGUUUACCAGUACAAUUCCAGUUUGGCUAUGGCUCCUGGAGUUCAAAUCCGCUUCUUGCUGGACAAAAAAUAUAACAAUGUUUUAGCACAAACUACACCCUGGGAGGAUGUUGAAGAACUGACAUUAUUACCAUCAGAUUGUGGAACACCGAAUCCUGGUCCUCAGCCUAAACUCUCAUCGCCCUGGUCUGAAUUCUUUUAUGGACAAGGGUUUUAUGAUGCUAGCAAAGUCAUCUCUAUUAAAAUCCCAAAGUUUGAUGCUGGUCUGCAGCUCUUCACUGAAGACGGUAAAGCUUGUACUCGACUUUAUAUCAAGAAGACUUUCAGAAACUGGAAAAAUACCUUCUACUACUCAUGGGUGGGGUUUUACACUAGUUCACAAAAAAACAAUGAAGCGUAUGAUGCAUAUCAAUAUGCUGUGAAUUUUAAAAAAAUGAUGGAUGGUACCAAGAAUUUUGAUAUUUAUCAGCACAAAUCCAAUCUGGCAAUUGCGCCUGGAGUACAGAUCCGUUUCCUGAUGGACAAAGGUUAUGAUAAAUUAUUAGUGCAAACUGAGCCCUGGAAGAGUGGUUAAAACAUUCAUUAAUGUAUCAGGUUAUAACAAAUCAUAAAAACAUUAAAGUUCCUUUUAACUGUGACUUUACUCUUUGGGACUUAUAUGUGAUGUAUACAUGUACAUCAACAUUUGUAACAAUCUUCUGCCCAUGUCCUGAUAAGCAUGAUAAUUAAAGGAUUAUUUCACUUUAGAAUUAAAAUUUCCUGAAAAUUUACUCGCCGCCAUUUCAUCCAAGAUGUUCAUUAUGUAAUCAAGUUGGAAAGGUCACGUGUGACGUAGGCGGAGGUACUGCGGUACACAACAAAAUCACCAGGGUUCUCUAAAUAGUGUUAAAGUAACACUAAAGCAGAGUUAAAGUUAAUGAGAUAAGUAAGAGAUUAAUUAAGUAAUGUUAACAAGCAGAAUCACUGAAGAAAAGACAAUCCUCCUCUUCUGAGAUCAUGAGAUAUAUAAAGUCUUUUAUCUUCAGUUGAUUCUGCUUGUUAACAGCAGGUGUUCAUCAUUAACGCUCAAUCAUUGCUUAAUUAUCUCAUUAACUUUAACUCUGCUUCAGUGUUACUUUAACACUAUUCAGUGAGGGACCAUAUGUACUCCGAGCAGAGUUGAUUUAACUCUGGUGAUUUUUCUGUGUAGGGUGAAAAUCUCAUUUUCUACUCCAAGUUGAAAAUCGUCCAACAUCGUUGUUUUAUCUUUUUUUGUAAAGGGUGUUUGACUUAGUCUUUGCACGUUCACUUUGUAGACACUGGAUCAAUACUUUCACCUAUACGUCACGCGUGACCUUUCCAACGUGAUUACGUCAUGCGUGCGGAUCGCAGAGCAGUACAAGAUGAGCAUUUUUGGUUAAAAAGUAUAUAAAUGUAAUUAGAAAAUGACUGAUCGUUUCGCUAGAUAAGACUCUUAUUCCUCGCCUGGGAUUGUGUAGAGCCCUUUGAAGCUGCACUGAAACUACA